AUUAAAUGUUGGGUACAAUACAAUGAAUGAGCAUUAUGCAUUAUUGUUAUCCAUAGAUCCAGAGCCUUGCAUUUGGAAAAAAAUAUGAAGCCAAGAAUGAUGAACACUCAAAACCUCCUCUUCCUCACUUACUCAUCUCUCUUCAUUCUUUCACUUCAAUUCUUUCAAAAUUGUUGUGCAAAAUGCCCCCCUUCUUCCUGUGGCCUCAUUCCCAUUCGCUCCCCUUUCCGCCUCAGCAACUGUGGCGAUCCUGGCCAAGAGUUAGUAUGCGAAAACAACGUCACCUUAAUGUACGUUGACUCCCGGAAAUACUAUGUCAAAGAAAUCCAUUACCAAAACUUCACCAUGAGGGUCUCCGAUAUUUCCACAGACAACAACAUCUGCUCUUUCCCUAUACAUUCUUCCUCCGAUUAUGACGAUAACCGUCCUUUUAAAAGCGGAUUCGGUUUUGCCUAUAAGCUCAUUAGUUUGGUGAGCUGCGAGCAUCCUUUGCGUAAUUCUUCCCUCUUUACCAAACUUACUGAUUGUGAGCAGUAUAGCAAAUACACAUAUAUAAACGUUGGAAACAUGCGUGUCAAAGAUUUGGACCAUAUGUGCACAUUAGAUACUGUGCUGGCAACAUCUUGGAGAUAUCAAGAUUCGGAAUUUUUGAGUAAUAUGUCCCUCUCAGAAAUCCAUCAGUCUCUGCUAUAUGGAUUUAAUUUAAAUUGGUACAAAUUAAUGUGUCUCUACGGAAAAGAAGGUGUCGAUCCGGAUGUGCUAGUUAGUUGCGACCGUUCAGACCUUCAACGUAAAUUGGACUACAUCAAGCACUCCUUCCUAUCACCUAAAGGUCCAACUGGAGGCUUUCUCAUGAUUUUAAUGCUCAUACUUGCUAUUGUAUUUAUAGGGGUAGGCAUUGCAGCAAAGAUCAUUAUCACCAUCACAUUUGUUGUCAUUUUUCGGACUGAAACAGAGGCCGAUUGGCUCAUCGUUGCUCAAUCCGUUGGAGAGAUCCCAACGAUAGUAGAUAUUGAAUACCACUUCAAUGCUUCUAAUUCGGCAAUUGUUUACUUGGAACUAAGAUUCAUCUUGGGGUUUCUCUGCGCAGUGGGGUUCCUGAUCUACAAAUUUCAAAGAAGGCGUUUGUCCGCGUACGAGGAAAUAGAGAGCUUCCUACAAAGUGACAACCAUUUGUCCCCUAUCAGGUACUCCUACUCAGAAAUAAAGAAGAUGACUAGAAAUUUUCGAGAAAAACUAGGAGAAGGUGGCUUCGGCUCUGUUUACAAAGGAAAGCUUCAGAGUGGCCAUUACGUGGCAGUCAAGCUAUUGGGAAAAGCCAAAAUAAAUGACAAAGAUUUCAUCAAUGAAAUCGGGACAAUUGGGAGGAUCCAUCAUGCCAAUGUUGUCCAACUUAUAGGAUACUGUGCGGAGAGAUCCAAGCGUGCCCUCGUACUUGAUUUCAUGCCAAAUGGUUCUCUUGACAAAUAUAUCUUCAAACCAAAAAAAACAUCUUCACUGGAUUGGGGUAUGAAAUUCAAGAUUGCAGUUGGAGCGGCCCGAGGGAUUGAGUAUUUGCAUAGUGGUUGUGAUAUCAAGAUCUUGCAUUUUGAUAUCAAGCCCCACAAUAUACUUCUCGAUGACAAGUUUGUCCCCAAGGUCACCGAUUUUGGACUAGCAAAGUUAUACUCCAUAGACAAGGAAGCGGUGACAAUGACGGCUGCAAGAGGCACCAUAGGCUAUAUUGCUCCGGAACUCAAUUGCAGAAGCAUUGGCCUAGUGUCACACAAGGCCGAUGUGUAUAGUUUUGGGAUGUUGUUGAUGGAGAUGGCAGGUGUAAACAACAAGGAUGAUCCAAACAAGUAUUUCCCAGAUUGGAUAUAUGAUUGCAUUAAUAAAGGUGAGGAUCUUGGAAUUGUUGAAGAGGACAACAAUGUUGAUGAUGUGAAUGAGAAUGGAAAGAAUGUCCUUAAGAAGAUGACAAUAGUUGGCUUGUGGUGCAUACAAAUGAAUCCAGACAAUCGACCAUCAAUGAAUAAAGUGUUGGAGAUGUUGGAAGGUGACGUUGAAGAUUUGAAGAUUCCAGAGCAUCCAUCUCACUUAGUGAAUGAGGCCAGGAGUUGGGAUGCGGAUUCAAAUGGCUCUGUAUCACAGUCAUAUUAUGACAGUGAUAGUAUCAAGAUUAGUAUAGCAUGAAUAUGUAUGUAUUCUCCACUGUUUUUGCUUGAAAGGAUCGAGCAUAUUCGUAUCAAAUUUAAGCAUGUUUUGGUGCCGUUUUUGCUUAAAA